AUAAAGUCUUCAGUCAUUUUUCAUGAAACUUUGUAGAGGUAGAUCUCUCUUGUGUUUGUAUAGAGAACUAACUGGCUCAUGCAUUUACAGUUUAGUAAAGAAAGAGAAAAUGCUGUGAAAAGUAAAUACUAUGAAUUAUUGCUCUGUGUGUGUGUGCCUGUGUGUUUAGGGGACAGAUCUGUGAAUGAAAGAGCAGUGGAAUUUUUUUUUCUUUAAUCAGUCUACACCUUCCUUUCUUUCAUGUAUGUUAUCCUGUGCCCCAGAUUGCUCUGAAAUCUUUUUUAUGCAAGAACUUAGUUUGCAGGGAAAAGACAAUGUAUUGCCUCAUGUUUACAUUGCCUUAUGCUUAUAAAGUUAUUCUUAUUAUUUAUUUUAUAGACAGGCACUUAGUAAAAAUGUGCACAAUGUACUCUUUAAUGGAUAUCCGUGGUCAGAUAUAUGGAUUUCUUUCUAUGAUCAUAAUUGUAAAUGCCUUUACCGCUUUCAUUUGUCUGUACAGAAGACUCAGGAAGCUAGAGCUCUUUUGAUUUUUGCAGCCUUUACAAUCAUAAGUCCUUCUAAUCUCGACUACUGAUUUCUUCUCUGUCUCCUGCUCAUUGUUGAAAAGGCAGAGCUAUUUUUACCUUUCGCACACUUUAGCUGGAGGAUCCUUCCUUGGGGGGUGAGGGGGAAGGUGUUUGAGCCUUUCACAAUCAUCUCCUUUUGAUGGUUUGCUUGAAUGUGAUCACCGUAGCUGAUUUCAUGCAUUGAUAAUGAAGGCAUAGGUUGCCGGCUUCUCUGCAUAAAUCCACCUCAGACUUGUAGGCUGACAGUGCUCCCGCCUUUCAGUACACAUGAAGAUAUAGGACUGAAAUUGCUUUGCUUUCUUUACAAAUGACUCAGAGUGUGCUUGUCCUUCCCUAAAAUGUUGCCAGCGUGUAAAGGAUUUUCAAUGAGCGAUGCAAUAAGCCUGUGUCUGGGAAGGUUUGAAGCUGCAUUGAUAUAACAUUGUACUGUCACACAGAUGAUCAGGGCUGGAGCCAGAGCUCUGUAGCAAGAACUGGGCAUCAGACUGGUCACACACGGGAAGUUUGGUUUACCAACUUGGUUGCUAUUUAAGCUGGUGAAACAGAGCUGCCAUAAUGUGGAGUGGACUUCCUAGUAGAGGCAGUACAUGCCACAGUACUACACUUCCUGCACUUGUGCGUACACCUACCCUGAUGAUGCAGCCUUCCCUGGAUAUCAAACCAUUUAUGUCUUUUCCAGUGGACAGUAGUUCUGCUGUUGGGCUCUUUCCAAAUUUUAACACAAAAAGAAGAGGCUUGUUUGGGACCAAUAAAUUCUGCCAGAUGGAUCCUGUGCAAAAGGCAGUUAUAAACCACACAUUUGGAGUAUCCAUUCCUCCAAAGAAGAAACAAGUUAUUUCUUGUAAUGUCUGUCAGCUUCGUUUUAACUCUGAUAGCCAGGCCGAGGCCCACUACAAAGGAAGUAAGCAUGCCAAGAAGGUCAAAGCGCUUGAGGCAUCGAAAAAUAAACAAAAAGCUGGUUCUUCCAAGGACAGCGCAAAGGCUAAUCCCAGCUGCUCCAUCCCACCAGUCCCAGGCAACAGCUCUGACAAAUCAGAAGAUAAAGGAAAGUUGAAAGCCAAUAGUUCUGUUCAACCUUCGAGCACUGAUGGAGGUUUAUUUCUAUCCAAACCCGGAGCAACAACCCCUUUACCCCUGGGAGCAGUGACCUCGCCUUCCAAAAGCACCAACGGAGCCCCCAGUGCCGUUUCUGAAUCAGAAGAGGAAAAAGCCAAAAAAUUACUUUACUGUUCACUAUGCAAAGUGGCUGUGAACUCUCUGUCACAGCUAGAGGCCCAUAACACAGGAUCCAAACACAAGACAAUGGUUGAAGCUCGCAAUGGGGCUGGUCCAAUUAAGUCCUACCCGAGACCGGGAUCCAGGUUAAAGAUUCAGAAUGGCAGCAAGGGUUCAGGAUUGCAGAACAAAACGUUUCAUUGUGAAAUCUGUGAUGUUCAUGUGAAUUCGGAAAUUCAGCUUAAGCAGCACAUUUCUAGCAGAAGGCACAAGGACAGAGUAGCGGGGAAGCCCAUGAAACCCAAGUACAGCCCUUACAACAAACUGCAGCGGAGCCCAAGUAUUUUAGCCGCAAAACUUGCAUUCCAGAAAGAUAUGAUAAAGCCUUUGGCCCCGGCUUUCCUCUCCUCUCCUCUGGCUGCCGCAGCAGCUGUCUCAUCUGCACUGUCCCUGCCUCCUCGGCCAUCUACAUCAUUAUUCCAGGCUCCAGCCAUACCACCAGCCCUCCUGAGGGCAGGCCACGGACCCAUCCGAGCAACUCCUGCAUCCAUCCUUUUUGCUCCAUACUAACACGUAAAAAUGAUGAUUGUUGUGGCCAGUAGGAAAGUUAAGAAAGGAAGCACACACAAAAAGGGAUUGAAUAAUUGAACCAUUUUACUUGGAAAGGCUUCCCUCAGAAUGCAGUAAGACCCGCUCCACUCUCUCUCCUUCCCUCUGCCCUUCCCUAGAUGCACUCAAGGAUGCUCACAGACAGGUCCUAUCACUCGGGAGUCUGUACCUCUUAGGGUUGGGUCCAGCUCUCCUCCUCGCCUCCAAUCAUGUUUAAUUGGAUGUCUGAGACAUUUGGUUUCCUGAAAACAAGUUGCUCAGAAAAGACACAUCACCCAAAUUCUCUGGUUGUAUUUCCACGGGUGUGAGCUUACUGGGAAAAAAAUGGAUUACUUUCCUGACAGACUUGAAAACUAGGGUCUUCCUCUUGCUUCUGUAAAUAAAUCUUUGGAAUCCAACUGGGCAUAUUCUAGUGUGGGGAAAAAAUUAGAUUAACAAAAGUGCUUAAUUGUGGAUAACAUCCUAUUAAUGGAUUACCAAUGUUUUCUUUCCCGUGUACUGUUGUUGACAGGGAUUGUGUACUGUUUUAGACCCAAGUCCUGUUGUACUUCGUGUAGUACUAGAACUGUAUCUCCUGUCUGAAUUAAACAUUUUAGUUGCUGUGUAAAUGUUAGGAAGCAACGCAGCUUUGAAGUGUAUUUUUUAUUUUUUUUAAAGAAAAACAAGAUAAUGAAGAAUUUCUUUUAUUUCAUGUUUUAUUUAGAAAUAUUUUUUAAAAAUAGAAAGCCAUAUAAUAUAGUUAUGAUUACUACCUGUUUGCCAUUUGUUUAACUUAUUUUGUCGCUUCCUCACUAGUUUAAGUUGUUAAGCAAUGUACAAAACAAAACAAAAAAGGAAAAUACCUGAGCUUCCUAAAUGCACAUUAUCUCAGCUCAUGUGUGUUCUGCAAGAAGACAAUGAAUCCAUGUAUUUAUACGUAAAUAAUUUCUCCCUCCAUUUCUAACCUGUUUUCAUUUGUAACAAUGCUACAUAAUUUUGUGGCUCCCUAAUGCAAUAAUGUACAGGAUAUAAAGUAUUUAUAAUUAAACAACUAGUCUUUUCUGUUGAUUGAAUAUAUUGCAGGUUCUGCCUCCCUGUCCCCACCUCCUUUUUUUUUUAAGUCGAUAUCAGUACGAGUGAACUACUUGUGAUAUCAGGGGUGACAGAUAUAAUAAAAGCAACAAAAUAGAACUAACUCUUUUAGAACAUCUGUAUCUGCAAUCUGUAAAUGGUAAAAUGUCUGUGUAUUUUUUUAAAUGUACCUUUGCAAUAAAAGAGUAUGGAAAAA